CCACGAAAUGCUCCUCGAUGGUCUUAUAGAGAACAGGAUAGUUUGGUUUAUGAUACAGAAAUUGAAGAUAAUUCAGAAGAGGGGGCACCAUUUGCUAAUAAAGCUGAUAAAGAAAUUUCUGAUGAUAACUGA